AGGACAACGGUCAGCGAAAGACACUUCCGCUUCACCUCCCCCUCCCCCAACCGACUGCAUCACAUCCCACGUUACAUCGAUCAACGCGCAAGUUCAAAUCCCACUCGCAGCCAGCUAACUUAUCCGCCGGCUCCGAAGACUCACCUUCCAAAAAAUGAAACUGGCCACGAUCGGCUGGGCUGUGGGACUAACAGUACUGUAUACGGCCAUCUCUUCGGCCAACGACGGGUUCCAAUGUGCCCGAUGCUUCCUCUUGACCGCCAAGCCGGCCACCUUCCCCGGUCAGAUCGAGAAGGACUCCAUCGCGCCUUGCGGAAAAGACUUGGGAAACCAUCUCAUCUGUCAAGCCAACCGAGAGAAAUUGUUCUUCUAUUGUACACCGUGUAAGGAAUGGACUCGCGCUAAUGUCCCAAAGACCUUCAAUAACCGCGGCGAAUGCCACCAUGAUAAUAAGGAGGUCUUCGUCCCCCCUGAUCGUACUCCCAAACAACCCCCUCCAUACUUUAACUUCAUGGGCGUUGAGGAUGAUUAUCCUUCUACUAGUUAAUUAAUAUAUACAUUCUAAUCCAUUGAUUAAUUGGCUCUGGGGUCUCCAUUCCUGGCAAAUAGCUCAUUG